CUCUUGGAUCUAAUGCGCAGAGAAGGUUGGCCCAGAGCUCCCCGGCUCCCCCAAGGCUGAACUCCGUCCAAGGUGCCCGCAGGCUCCCUGCCCGCCUUCCCCAUGCCAGCCCGCAGCUAGGGGCAGGGGCAGCGUCGGCUGGGGUUGGGGGUGGGUGGGGAGCUUUUGGGGAGGACAGGUCGCAGCUUGGCUAUGGAAGGCUCCAAUGGCUUUGGGAUCGACUCCAUUCUCUCCCACCGCGCGGGCAGCCCCGCCCUUCCCAAGGGGGACCCCUUGCUCGGGGACUGCCGCUCGCCCCUGGAGCUGAGUCUGCGCUCGGAGAGCAGCAGCGACUGCUCUUCACCAGCCUCACCAGGAAGGGACUGUCUGGAGACGGGUGCCCCGCGACCUGGAGGGGCAUCGGGCCCAGGUUUGGACUCCCACCUGCAGCCUGGGCAGCUCUCCGCCCCGGCCCAGUCGCGCACCGUCACCUCCUCCUUUCUGAUCAGGGACAUCCUUGCCGACUGCAAACCACUCGCGGCCUGUGCACCCUACUCUAGCAGUGGGCAGCCGGCUGCCCCAGAGUCUGGGGACCGCCUUGCAGCCAAGCCUGCGGAGGACUUUAGAGACAAGCUGGAGAAAAGUGGCAGCAAUGCUUCGUCGGACUCUGAGUAUAAAGUGAAGGAGGAGGGCGACCGCGAGAUCUCCAGCUCGCGGGAUAGCCCCCCAGUGCGCCUGAAAAAGCCGCGCAAGGCUCGCACGGCCUUCACCGACCACCAGCUAGCACAGCUGGAGCGCAGCUUCGAGCGGCAGAAGUACCUGAGCGUGCAGGACCGCAUGGAGCUCGCCGCCUCGCUCAACCUCACCGACACGCAGGUCAAGACCUGGUACCAGAACCGCAGGACUAAAUGGAAGCGACAGACGGCCGUCGGGUUGGAACUGCUGGCAGAGGCGGGCAAUUACUCAGCGCUCCAGCGGAUGUUCCCGUCGCCUUAUUUCUACCCGCAGAGUCUAGUUUCCAAUCUGGACCCCGGCGCCGCGCUCUACCUGUACCGCGGCCCCAGCGCACCGCCGCCCGCCCUCCAGAGACCUCUGGUGCCCCGCAUUCUCAUCCACGGACUCCAGGGCGCCAGCGAGCCGCCCCCGCCGCUGCCCCCGCUGGCUGGCGUCCUCCCGCGCGCUGCGCAGCCUCGGUGAGGCGCCCGCCCGAGGCCCGGCCCGGCUAGCCCCGGCAUCCCGGGUGCCCCUCCCCGGAUCUCCGCGCUCGCCCCUUCGGCCCGCCCCCGGGAGGGCGCAGGUUUCAACUCUUCUUCUCCGGGAGGGAGGCUCCUGUCUGGCCCUCGUCGGUGUCCCAGCCCACUGUCCCCCCAGAAGGGCCAAAUGCCAAGUCUACUGAGGCCCAGACCCCGGGCUGAGUCUUCCCUCCCCGGCGUCCCGGCCGCUCCAUCAGGGAGCCACCUCCACCCGCGGAUGUACAUAUUCGUCUCUGCCCCCUCCCCGCCGGCUCCCCAGGCGCCCCUUUCCUCCUUGGGGCAGGUGGGGAGAACCCCCCCGCCUCGCUCUCUCCCCCUGCCCUUCCACGCCCCAGCCGUACACCAACCCCUCUCUCCGCACCCCUGGUAGAGGGAGCGGAAGGGGCGAGCGGGACCACGCCCUCCCCCCAGCACCCGGGCCGGCGGCUGAGCUGUACAUACUGUGUGCAAAGUGUAUAUGAAGUUAUUUAUUCGUGACCGUGUCCGUGAAUCAGUGAGUCUGUGGCCUGUGCCCUCUCCCUCCCGGGCGGGGCAGGAAGGGGUCAAAGGGGCUUGCUUACCCACCUCCAGCCUCACCUCCAGCCCCGGCCCGGGGUCACCCAGGCCCCUCGGGUUCUCUUUCUUUCUCUUUUUUUAAAUGUCGAAAUAAACUUCUUACAAAUGAC